CACUUCUGUUUUGUCACAUCGCUGCUUCGCCGGGCGGGAUUUCCGCAAUAAUAUCAAGUAUGGCGAAAACAUACGACUAUUUGUUUAAAUUACUGUUAAUCGGCGACUCUGGAGUCGGGAAGACCUGCGUCCUGUUCAGGUUUUCAGAAGACGCCUUCAAUUCAACGUUUAUUUCAACAAUAGGCAUUGAUUUCAAGAUUAGGACAAUAGAGCUUGACGGCAAGAAGAUAAAGUUACAGAUAUGGGAUACAGCAGGUCAAGAGCGCUUCCGAACAAUCACAACAGCCUACUACAGAGGAGCAAUGGGCAUAAUGCUUGUCUACGACAUCACAAACGAGAAGUCUUUCGAUAAUAUCAAGAACUGGAUAAGAAACAUAGAAGAGCAUGCAUCUGCUGAUGUUGAGAAGAUGGUUCUUGGCAACAAAUGUGACAUCAAUGACAAGCGGCAGGUGUCCAAAGACAGGGGAGAGAAGCUUGCACUAGAAUAUGGAAUCAAAUUUAUGGAAACCAGUGCAAAGUCCAACAUCAAUGUGGAAAAUGCAUUUUUGACACUCGCCAGAGACAUUAAAUCAAAAAUGGACACAAAAUUGGAGGGUAACACACCACAGGGAAGCAGUCACGGAGUCAAAAUUUCCGAGCCUCCAAAAAAGACCAGCUUCUUCCGCUGUAGCCUACUCUGAGGACUGAGGCCUUCCACACUGGCUGCCUGCUGGCUGGACAUAAAUGGACUGUGCUCACUCUUAGCACUUCCUUCCCCUUUCCUCUUUCUCCCCAACCAUGGCCUGUCCUCCCAGUCCACAUAAACCAUUAUCUUCUCUGUAAGGAGAGGACUUCCCCUACUCUCUUCCUCUUCUGAAAGCUUCCAGGGGUGCAUCUCUUCCAUUUUAUGGAGAUCUGUUGUCUUCAUAGGUCAGAGUAUGUGAUGGAGAACUCAGUUAGGAGCAUUAUCCAGAUGUUCCAUUUCAAACAAAAGACAGGCUCUUACUUCUGAUGUUAGUUUCUUUGUUCUGCACACUCAUUUGACAUAGCUGGUAGCACAACCAAGGAUGAGAACUCAUCUAACCUAUGUAGUGUGGGAUUGGAAAACAAAUGUGAUAUUUAGAUAUAUUUUUAAUAUAGUGCUCUUUCCCUUUUUAUGUGACAAAUGUUGACCAGAGGCUGAUAGGCUUGAACUCCAGUGAAACAGAGUUGCACAGGUUUCCUCCUGGUUUCAGAAUAAUAUCAACAAUAAUGUUCUCAAGAUCAGAGAGAAAUUGGAUUCGGAGGUUUUCCUACUUGACUUCGACUGGAUGUGAAUGUAGUCCUCCACAGUCAUUUCAUGUAACUAGAAAUGUGUUUCAUCAUGCCCCACUCACGGCCCUCAAAUCUUCUCAGCCUUUGUGCUCUAGCUUAUCAGUGCAGGGAAGCAGUUUGGCUUUUUAGUACCUUGAACUGCAGCCUAGAUUUUUGACUCUGCAGGUAAAGUUCUGUUGUCAAAAGAUACACUGAACAUUUUUUGGUGAAGUGAAAUCUUUCUGUUAAGGUUGUUUCUGGUAUAGUAACCAAUGAGGAAGUAUUGUGUGUGUAUAUAUAUAUAUAUAUAUAUAUAUACACAAAGUUCGAGUACAUUGUAUGAAAGUUAAAAAGAGGCUUGCAUUGCAUUGUUACCUGUUUGUAAGUAUGCUGUUUAGAAAAUUUCUGCAAGUACUCACUGUAUAAUUAACUAUCCUCUUACGUACAGUGUAAUAAGGUGUAGUACCUGCUUUGUAAUUUAAUUACUCUUCAAUUAGUGUAAAAGGAAGCACUCCUGCAAUUAAUACUUAUGUUAAAGUUAAAAAUGUCAGUUAGAAAUACCUAAAGCCCAAGUAGAUUUCCUCAAGUAAAAAAGCAUUCAGUUUAUUAUCCCACAAGACAAAGAAAAGCAGCAAAGUCUCUCUUUUCAGAAGCCAGAACUACCUUCAGAAUUGACUUAAAGCAAUUGAUUAACAAAAAAGGUUGUCAUUUAUUUUCUCUCUGUCAACUAAUUGUCACAGCUCAGUAGGAAUUCAGUAAGUGUUAAACCAUUUAGCUUGGUUGCUCUGAUUCACAGUUAAGCUAAAUGAUGUCUCUGGUUAUUUGACAUUAAAAUCACUUGAAGUUUCACACUGUAAGGCCCUUCAGCCCUUCUGUCCAUGCAGCUCUCCUUGCACUUUAACAGUAAAUUGUGUUUUGUGUGUAGUCUGUGCCAAGUGCUAGUUUUGCGAUACAACAAUACAAUUACUUAUUUAACAAAGACAUUUUUGAUCUUUUGAGUAAUUGGUAAUAUAAUGGGCAUAUAAUACCAAAAUUAAACUACACUUACUUAAAAAUGACUUUAACUCCUUAGCUGUUUCACUGCUAGCAAACCACUGUCCUGGUAUUAGGUCACUUAAAACAGUUUCCCUACUUCAACUGUAAUUUUAAUCCAGUAAUUUGUCUGUGAAAAAAAAAAAGUUUUGAGACUUUGCUUCUAUACUUGUGCUUAUUCUGAUAUUUUUAUUUUAUUUUUUUGGCUCACGUGAAAGCUGGUUUGACCGAAGCUUAAAGGUCUCAGUUUUAGUAUUGUACAUUUUUUCGCGUGUUGGAUUGUAGCCCUUUAGUUUUACCAGCUAGAUGGCACCAGAGGCUCAAAACGCCUCUUAGGUGACCACAAAACUCAAAUUUUAAUCAGUAUUUCAUUAAGAACAUAAGCCAUGUUUAUUUUAAAAUGUGUGAUGCAAACAUGUACCCACUAUUUGUAUUUAUGGUGUUUCCAUUGCUUUUCAUGUUUCCGACAUUUGUUGCUAGUCUGAAAAUUAGGUUCCAAUAUGCAUAACAUAUUGGAAUGGGGUUUUGCUUGCCUGCACAUGUUCAAAAUCAAAUAAUUUGGGACCUCAUUACUACCAUGACCAUUUGUCUUAACCGCUAGUACUCAGUUCUGUCAUGGGUGAGCUAUGCAUUGUGAAUCUUGGACCUGUGCAUAUUUGCGUAAUGUAACUUUCAGACUUACUUGUAGACCUGUACGGUUGAAUGUGCAGGCUUUUUUUUUCUCCUGUUAUGUGUCAUUCAUUGAGCCAAAAGAGGAUAUGCUCUGUUUAUAGUAGGCUGCAUUGCUACAUGAAUGCAAGUGAAAAUGAGCCUGAUGGAGGAUUGUUGAGCAGGAAGAGUUAGCGCUGCCAUCUCGUUCAAGUGAUAUUGUAGCUUUAAAUCAUAAACGAACAUCGGGAGCUGACUGUUGUGGGACUCAAGCUGUAUCGUUUUUAACAAAAAUGAUUCUUCCUUGAUUUUGUUUUUAAAUCAUAUCUCUUUCUUAAGAUUCUUAUCACAUGUCAUCAUAUACUGAACAUCCCUUUUUACAGCCAUAUUUUCAUUCCAUUGAUUGUGAAGUACACAGGGAGAGUAAUACCUUUUGGAAAAAGUGGUUAAAAAACAUUGUAAAUAUUACAUUAAAAAAGAGAUCUACUUAAAUUGUACUGUACUUUCUAAACCCAUAUAAAAAUGUAUCUACAAUUUGUAGAUAUGCGUACUUUUGUUUAAAUAAAAUAAUAUAAAACUUCA